GACCGUCCGGCGCGUCACGUGACGGGUCCGGCGCUCGCGGUUGCUGUCAGCUGAUUCCCCGGCUUGGUGGCAGUGGCAGUGGCAGCGGCAGCGGCAGCCGUGGCGAUGGACUUUCUCCUGGGGAACCCGUUCAGCUCUCCAGUGGGACAGCGCAUCGAGAAAGCUACAGAUGGCUCCCUGCAGAGCGAGAACUGGGCACUCAACAUGGAGAUCUGCGACAUCAUCAAUGAGACCGAGGAAGGCCCCAAAGAUGCCUUCCGAGCAGUGAAGAAGAGAAUCGUGGGGAAUAAGAACUUCCACGAGGUGAUGUUGGCUCUCACGGUCUUGGAAACCUGCGUCAAGAACUGCGGGCACCGCUUCCACGUGCUGGUGGCCAGCCAGGACUUCGUGGAGGGCGUGCUGGUGAAGACCAUCCUGCCCAAGAACAACCCGCCCACCAUCGUGCACGACAAGGUGCUCACCCUCAUCCAGUCCUGGGCUGACGCGUUCCGCAGCUCGCCCGACUUGACAGGUGUGGUCGCUGUCUACGAGGACCUGCGGAGGAAGGGCCUGGAGUUCCCCAUGACCGACCUGGACAUGCUGUCCCCCAUCCACACGCCCCAGAGGACCGUGUUCAACUCAGAGACACCGUCAGGACAGAAUUCUUCUGUGGGCACUGAUGCCAGUCAUCAAGGGGACUCUGGCCAGCACACCACCCCGCUGCCCACCUUGGCCCUACUCCCCAGCGACACACCCAUAACGCCAACCGCUGAGCAGAUCGGGAAGCUGCGCAGUGAGCUGGAGAUGGUGAGUGGGAACGUGAGGGUGAUGUCGGAGAUGCUGACGGAGCUUGUGCCCACCCAGGCGGAGCCGGCAGACCUGGAGCUGCUACAGGAGCUCAACCGGACAUGCCGAGCCAUGCAGCAGCGGGUCCUGGAGCUCAUCCCCCGCGUCGCCAAUGAGCAGCUGACGGAGGAGCUACUCAUCGUCAACGACAACCUCAACAACGUCUUCCUGCGCCACGAACGGUUUGAACGCUUCCGAACAGGCCAGACCGCCAAGGCCCCAAGCGAGGCCGAGGUGGCCGCUGACCUGAUCGACAUGGGCCCUGACCCUGCAGCCACCAGCAGCCUCUCGUCCCAGCUGGCGGGAAUGAACCUGGGCUCCAGCAGCGUGAGGGCUGGCCUGCAGUCUCUGGAGACCUCUGGCCGCCUGGAAGAUGAGUUUGACAUGUUUGCGCUGACACGGGGCAGCUCACUGGCUGACCAACGCAAAGAGGUAAAAUACGAAGCCCCUCAAGCAACAGAUGGCCUGGCUGGAGCCCUGGAUGCCCGGCAGCAGAGCACCGGAGCGAUCCCCGUCACCCAGGCCUGCCUCAUGGAAGACAUCGAGCAGUGGCUGUCCACGGACGUGGGGAACCAGGCGGAGGAGCCCAAGGGCGUCACCAGUGAAGAAUUUGACAAGUUCCUGGAAGAACGAGCCAAAGUGGCCGACCGUUUGCCCAACGUCUCCAGCCCCUCCGCCGAGGGGCCCCCGGGUCCCCCGCCUGGCAGUGCCCCUCGAAAGAAGACCCAGGAGAAGGAUGACGACGUGCUGUUUGCCUUAUGAGUGUGGGGUCUGGCACCCUGCAGCCCGAGCCCCCGCUGCUCCCACACCCCGCGCGGGGACCUGUCUCUCCUUCAGCGUCACGACUGCUCUGGGGGGGCUUGUUACGUAUGCCCUUCUCUCCCCCUUGAGGUUGGGGCCGCGC